CCUCUCUUCUCUUCUCUAUAUCACCUCAUGAAAGGCGAUACCUUUCGAUCUUUCCUCUCCGAUUCGCCCAUAAGAUUCUGCAUCAUCUCCUCGAUCUGAUCCGUGCAGAAUCUCGCAUUGAUAAAGGUUUUUGAUCCCUGGGGCAUGAAUGUUAACCUAAUUUCGCAACCUUCGAAGCAGAGCAACGGCGCAAGAUGGCAGAUUCAAUCAAGGAGAGGUACGUAGUCGGAUACGCUCUCGCGGAGAAGAAGCAGAACAGUUUCAUCCAGCCUUCGUUGAUCGAGCACUCGAGGCGACGAGGCAUUGAUCUAAUCAAGCUCGAUCCGGCGAAAUCGUUGUUGGAGCAAGGGAACCUCGAUUGCGUAAUCCACAAGCUUUACGACGUCGUUUGGAAGGAGAAUCUCAGUCAGUUUCGCGAGAAGUGUCCACGUGUCCCCGUCGUUGAUUCGCCCGAGGCGAUCGAGAGGUUGCACAAUAGGGUUUCGAUGCUUGAAGUGAUAACUCAGUUAACGUUUCCUGUCUCCGAAAGUGAACGUUUUGGAGUUCCGAAGCAGGUUGUUGUUAUGGAUGAGAACGUUUUGAGCGGUGAUGGAGCUUUGGGGGAGCUUGAGUUUCCGGUGAUAGCUAAGCCCUUGGAUGCUGAUGGGAGCGCGAAGUCUCACAAGAUGUUCUUGAUCUACGAUCAAGAAGGGAUGAAGAUACUCAAAGCUCCGAUUGUGUUGCAGGAGUUUGUGAAUCACGGUGGUGUGAUCUUUAAGGUCUAUGUGGUUGGAGACUACGUGAAGUGUGUAAAGAGGAGAUCUUUACCUGAUAUCUCCGAGGAGAAGAUCGGGACGGCUAAAGGGUCUCUUCCGUUUUCGCAGAUAUCGAACUUGACAGCUCAGGAGGAGAAGAACAAGGAGUAUGGAGAGGAUAGGAGCUUGGAGAAAGUGGAGAUGCCGCCGACGAGUUUCUUGGAGGAGCUGGCGAAGGCGAUGAGGAAAUCAAUGGGUCUUAAUCUGUUUAACUUUGACGUGAUUAGGGAUGCGAGAGAUGCGAGUAGGUACCUUGUGAUUGAUAUUAACUACUUUCCUGGUUAUGCUAAGAUGCCUUCUUACGAGCCUGUGUUGACGGAGUUCUUCUGGGACAUGGUCACAAAGAAGAAUCAUGUCUGAGAUCAAUAGCAGGAGCAUUUCUUAGGGAGGGUUUCUAUACAUUGCAAUGUGUUCUGGAAUAUGUUGCAAGUGCCAUUGCAGACAUCUCAAUCUGUCCUAUGGUGACUUAGCUGCUCUGCUAAUUUUUCAUUUGGAUUCUUGAACUUGUGUUUUUUUUUUAAUUAUUGUUAUUAUUUCUUAGUUGUUUCGCUCUCGUUUACUUCAAAGUUUUGCAAGGCCUUGUUCAAUGCAUAACUGUUGCCUACUCUUGAAUAGCAUUGGAUUUCUAAGUUCUUGGUCA